AAGGCGGUGCGGCCUGUGGUCAUGGCGCUGUUUCCCGCCUUUGCGGGUGUUAGUGAGGCGCCUGAGAGCGGGAACCCCAAGAAAGAAUUAGACUGGCUGAGCAACCCAAGCUUUAGUGUUGGAACCAUAACAUCUCUGAGCCAACAAACUGAAGAGGCCACAGCCUUUGUUUCUGAAGAGUUGCUACUGACCAGGAGUCCUCUGAAUUCAGAGCCUUCAGAUGAAAGUGACACUAACAAAAAGCCCAAACAAACAAGCAGAAAAAAGAAGAAAGAGAAAAAGAAGAAAAGGAAGAAGCAUCAGCACCACAAGAAAACCAAGAGAAAACGUGGGCAGUCAAGUAGCAGUGGAUCUGAGUCAUAUACUGAUUCUGAAAAGGACAGAUCUUCCGGAAGCAUCAGAAGCAGUAAAAAGGAAUCAGAGAAACCAAACCAAGAAAAUAAUGCCACUGCUGAUAUUGGACGUCACUUUGUUUGGCUUGAGGACGUUCAGGCUCUGACGGGAGAAACCUUCAGAACAGAUAAGAAGCCGGAUCCUGCAAACUGGGAAUAUAAGUCUCUUUACCGAGGAGAUGUAGCAAGAUACAAGAGGAAAGGAGACUCCUGCCUUGGCAUUAACCCUAAGAAACAGUGUAUAUCUUGGGAGGGGACUUCCACAGCAAAGAAGCGGUCACACAAGCAUGUCGAGCGCUACUUUACAAAGAAGAGUGUGGGAUUAAUGAACAUUGACGGAGUUGCCAUUAGCAGUAAAACUGAACCUCCCUCAUCAGAGUCGAUCUCAUUUAUCCCAGUGAAGGGUGCAGAGGAUGUGGUUUCCCCUGUUACAACCUGGUUGAACCCUCUGGGGAUUUAUGAUGAAGCCACCACGCAGUGGUUACAAGGCCGGGGUCCUUCAGGGCAAGAAUCCAAGCAGCCAGAUUCACAGCCCAACAGAGAGAACAUGCUUCUCAAGGCCAAGGUGGAGGAGUUUAACAGGAGGGUUUGGGAGAAUCCUCGGGAUAUUCAGCUGUGGAUGGCAUUUGUUGCUUUUCAGGACGAGGUCAUGAGAAGUCCGGGCCUGUACGCCAUCGAGGAAGGAGAGCAGGAAAAGCAGAAGCGGUCCCUGAGGCUGGUUCUGGAGAAGAAGCUGGCCAUUCUGGAACGGGCCGUGGAAAGCAACCCGAGCAGCGUGGAUCUGAAACUCGCCAAGCUGCAGCUCUGCACCGAGUUCUGGGAGCCCUCCACUCUGGUCAAAGAGUGGCAGAAACUGAUAUUUUUACAUCCCAACAAUACAGCCCUUUGGCAGAAAUACCUUUUAUUUUGCCAGAGCCAGUUUAGCACCUUUUCCAUAUCAAAAAUUCAGAGUCUUUAUGGAAAAUGCUUGAGUACUUUGUCUGCUGUUAAGGACGGCAGCAUCUUGUCUCACCCUGAGCUGCCUGGCACUGAGGAGGCCAUGUUUGCCCUCUUUCUUCAGCAGUGCCACUUUCUGCGGCAGGCUGGUCACUCCGAGAAGGCCGUCUCUCUGUUCCAGGCCAUGGUUGACUUCACCUUCUUCAAACCCGACAGUGUGAAAGACCUGCCUACCAAAGGACAGGUAGAAUUCUUUGAGCCCUUUUGGGACAGUGGAGAGCCCAGGGCUGGGGAGAAGGGUGCCCGAGGCUGGAGAGCGUGGAUGCAGCAGCAGGAGCGGGGCGGCUGGGUGGUCGUCAGCCCAGAUGAUGACGAUGAUGAACCAGAAGACGACGACCAGGAAAUUAAAGAUAAGACUCUGCCCAGGUGGCAGAUCUGGCUUGCUGCUGAGCGCUCCCGAGACCACAGACACUGGCGGCCGUGGCGCCCUGAGAAGACCAAGAAGCAGGCGGAGGAAGACUGUGAGGACCCAGAGAGGCAGGUGUUGUUUGAUGAUAUUGGACAGUCUCUGAUCCGACUUUCCAGCCCGGAUCUUCAGUUUCAGCUGAUUGCAGCCUUUCUGCAGUUCUUGGGUGUGCCUUCCGGCUUCAGCCCUCCGGCCUCCUGCCUCUAUCUGGCCAUGGAUGAAAACAGCAUCUUUGACAACGGACUUUAUGAUGAAAAGCCCUUGACUUUUCUCAACCUUUCAUUUUCUGGCGUCAGCUGUGUUGGACGCACAGACCAGCUGGGUUGCCGGCACUGGACCAGGGGUCACAGUCGAGAGGGCGAGGAGUUCAUCCGCAGCAUCUUCCACCUCGUGAUGCCUUUGUUUUCAGGCGAGGAGAGGUCUGAGCUCUGCUUCUCCUGGUUACGGUACGAGAUUGCAAAGGUCGUUUGGUGUCUGCACACUAAAAACAAGAAGAGAUUAAAAUCACAAGGAAAGAACUGCAAAAAACUAGCCAAGAAUCUCCUUAAGGAGCCAGACAACCGCAACAAUUUUUGCCUAUGGAAGCAGUAUGCGCAUCUGGAGUGGUUGCUCGGCAACACGGAGGACGCCAGAAGAGUUUUCGAUACAGCACUGGGCAUGGCAGGGAGCGGAGGACUGAAGGACCGUGAGCUGUGUGAGCUCGGUCUCCUCUACGCCGAGCUGGAGGUGGAGCUGUUGCCGGACGUGAGAGGGGCCGCCCCAGACCGAGCCAUUCACGUACUGACCAGACUGACUGAGAAUGGGGCCUACGGGCCCUACGCCGGGCAAGUCUUGGCCGUUCACAUUUUGAAAGCUCGGAAGGCUUAUGAACACGCGCUGCAGGACUGUUUGGGGGAGAGCUGUGUCUCCGAUCCAGCUCCCGCCGACUCCUUUAGCCGCCUGGUUAGCCUGGUUAAAUGCUUUAUGCUCUUCCAGUAUUUGACCAUAGGGAUCGACGCCGCUGUGCGGAUAUAUGAGCAGGUAUUUGCAAAACACAAGGUCUCUGUUUCCGCAGAGGGCCCUGGUCUGGAGAGCAGUGCCAGCCCCCCGAGCCUGAGCAGGGUUCUUGAGGCCGUCACCCUGAUGCACACGAGCCUGCUCAGAUUCCACAUGAAAGUCGCCGUCUACCCUCUGGCUCCUCUGCGAGAGGCUCUCUCGGAGGCUUUAAAGUUGUAUCCGGACAACCAGGUUCUUUGGAGGUCGUAUGUACUGAUUCAGAGUAAGUCCCACAGUGCCAGUAAGACCAGAAGAUUCUUCGAUGUGAUCACCAGGUCUGCCAAAGCCUUGGAGCCGUGGUUGUUCGCAAUUGAAGCUGAGAAAAUGAGGAAAAGACUAGUGGAAACUGUGCAGAGGGUAGAUGGUAGAGAGGUCUACGCCACCAUUCCCGAGACCGGCCUGACGCAUCGGAUCAGAGCCCUGUUUGAAAAUGCGAUGCGGAGUGACUACGGCAGCCAGUGCCCUUUACUGUGGAGGAUGUAUUUGAAUUUUUUGGUUUCCUUAGGAAAUAAAGAAAGAAGCAAAGGUGUGUUCUACAAAGCACUUCAGAAUUGUCCUUGGGCAAAGGUGCUGUACCUGGAUGCCGUGGAGUAUUUCCCCGAUGAGCUGCAGGAGAUCCUGGACCUGAUGACGGAGAAGGAGCUCCGGGUGCGCCUGCCGCUGGAGGAGCUGGAGCUUCUGCUUGAGGACUAGAGACCAGGAGGGGAGCGGGGCGUGCCUCCGAGGCCUCGGCGCCUGCCCCGUGGGAGCCAGGAGAUACCAGAAGAGACGGUGACACAUGCAUGCGAGCGUGUUAAGACCUCUGCCUUUGGAGCUUCUUUCUUGAUAGUUUGUGUCUGGGUUAUUGGUCUCUCACCUCUUGCACUUUUUUUGCGUGUGCAAAUGACACAGAAGCCAUUGUUUUGCAUAUUAUAUAUGUACGUGUAGAUAUGUGCAUAGACAGGAAUCACGCUAAGUGAUAACCGAA